AAAGGAGCAGGAGGCGGGGCGGCAGCAGCACGUUUAUCAGCGGAGAAAACAGCGGUGGUCGUAGGAAGUCUGCGGCAUCUCUCCACACUCACCGGAUCUGCUCAGUGAUCUCCAAAAUGAACGGUUUAGAAGACGAAUCCAUGGCCCCCCAAACAUUCCUUUACGGGUGUGCGCUGGAAUCUGGAAAAGAUGUUGUUUUCAACCCUGAAGAUGAGGACUUUGAGCAUCAGUUGGACCUCAGAAUGGCAUGUGUGGACCCCAGCACAAAAGAUGAGCUGCACGUAGUUGAGGUGGAAGGACAAGAUCUUGAGGGUCAGAAAAUCAAAGCUGUUAUGGCUUCACUCAAGCCCUCGGUACAGCCUAGUGUGUGCCUUGGUGGGUUUACCUUGUCUCCUCCGGUGGUUUUUCGCUUGAAGGCUGGUUCUGGUCCAGUUCAUCUUUGUGGACAACAUCUUGUUAUGGCAGUUGAUGACAGUUUAGAGGAAGAGGAGGAUGAUGAAGAUGAAGAGGAGGAGGAGGAGGAAGAAGAGGUAAAAACGUCAAAGAAAAGACCUGCUGUUUCUCCUGCUGAGAAGUCAAAGAAGAGGAUGAAGAAGGAGGUGGAUGAUGAGGAUGACGACGAUGAUGAGGAUGAAGAUGAUGAAGAUGAUGAAGAUGAGGAGGACGAGGAGGACAAGACGCCAGUCAAAGCAAAGCCUGAGCCUACAAAACCAAAAGCAGCUGCUCAAAAUGGCAAAAGCUCCAAACCGACAACUCCUGGCAAAAACGAAGUGAAGACACCAAAGGGCAAGGGUGAGAAGUCUCCCAAAACUGCAACCACCAAAACCCCUUUAACACUUGAACAAAUAAAAGAAAAAAUGCUUGAAGGGGUCAACAAGGGAGUGACAUUACCCAAAGUACAGGCCAAGUUUGAUAAUUUUGUGAAGAACAGUUACAAAGUUACAGAUGAUACGAUUUGUGCUGAUUUGUGGAAAUGGAGACAAACUGUAAAGGAUCUAAAAUAACAAACUGGUCUUGGUUGGUUUUAAUAUUGGUUUCUAGCCCCUGUUCUACCAGAAACUGAAUCCAGUGCCUCUUAUCAGUGUCUGCCGUCGGAACAAACAAAUCCAUCUUUAAAUUAAUUCAUAUUUUGUAAAUGUGUAAAUACCAACAUUCUGCAUUGUUGGCAGACUGUAAUAAGGGGGUGCUUUUUGUCUGAUGGGUAGUAUUACUACAGAUCAGUAGAUAGACCACUUAAAUGAGACAUAAGCGAAGUCAUGACCUAAAAGUAAAGGGCCAGGUAUUAAGUUGUAUAUCUACUCUGUACAUGCAAGGUUUUGAAAAGCCCAUGCUUUGAAAUCCACGUCAGUUUGAAAUGUGCAGUUGAACCAAUAUACCAGAUGUACGCUUGACAUAUUUUGACCAAGGUGCAUGUGGUUUGAGCCUGUUUUGGUUGGAAAUAUCAAAUAUUAUAGAAUGUUCAUUAGAAAUGAUGGUUAACAACCUUUAAGUGUGAGACCUGUGAAAGAUCAUUCCAAGUUAUCAAUAAAAGUAAUAUUGUAUGAA